AUGGAAAAGCCCGAGUUUCAACACCGAGAAGACACAUCUUCCCCUAAUCAAACAACCCAGGGCGAUGUGAAGGCAAAUAAAAACAGAGAAGGAGAGCCAACCUUGAAGCAUGGGAUACCGAUGCAGAUUCUCCGGUCGCUGCUCCUCGCAACAUGGUUCAACUGCUGCUGCUUCGUGAUCGUCGUCUCUCAGUUAAUUGGAUGUCCGCUAUACCUCAUAAAUAAACGGCGCUACUACGACUACAUGGCAUUCACAAAACAGUCCUUUGCACUGGUCAUAACUGCGCUCACCCAGCUGGGCUGUCCAACGGUUGUUUGUGUCAGUGGUGAUAAGAGCAUGAUAGGCCAAAUCCACCUUACUGAAGACGGGCGAUUGAGGACAGAUUUCUCAGAGCGUCUUGUGCUGAUGGCUAAUCACCAGGUAUACACGGACUGGAUCUACCUUUGGUGGGUAGCAUAUUCAAACCGGAUGCAUGGCCGCAUCUACAUUAUUUUAAAGGAAUCUCUUAAAUAUAUCCCGAUUAUUGGCCAAGGCAUGAUGUUCUACGGCUUUAUUUUCAUGGCACGGAAAUGGAUGUCUGACAAGCCAAGGCUGCAGCAUCGCCUAGAGAAACUCAAGACCCGGCAUAUGGGCUCUAAUUCGGGCUCCCCAGCAUUCGAUCCAAUGUGGCUCCUAAUCUUCCCGGAAGGCACAAAUUUGUCCAUCAAUACGAAAAGGCGGAGUGAUGAAUACGGACGGAAACAGGGGUUUGCACCAUUGAAACACGAGGUUCUUCCACGCUCGACUGGGCUAUUUUUUUGCUUACAGCAACUGAGGGGUACUGUUGAUUGGGUGUACGACUGCACCGUUGCUUAUGCUGGACCACCAAAGGGCAGCUUCCCCGACAAAUACUUUACCCUGCGGUCGACUUACCUCCAAGGGCGGCCCCCGAAAUGCGUGAACAUGCACUGGAGACGGUUUGCCAUAUCAGACAUUCCUCUAGAUGACCAAAAGGAAUUCGACACCUGGCUCAGAGCAAGAUGGGUGGAGAAGGACCAACUACUCGACCAGUGUUUCGAGACCGGCAGGUUUCCGUCUGAAUUGGCCGGAUCUAUCGAGCUCGGUAAAGUAUCCGAAGAACAGAAAGCUGCCUCGGCUGCGGGAUAUGUUGAGACACAUGUCCAACUAGGACACUGGGCAGAGAUCAGGCAGAUCUUCAGCAUCUUGGCAGGCGUGGCAAGCCUGUGUAAGCUAUCCCAGAAUCUCUGGGGUCUUUGGCACUGA